AUGUUGAAGAUGAACAUUCUUUGCGACCCUAUCCGAUGCCAACAAGCUUCGCAGAAUUGGGGUACAUGCCAGUGGAAGACCUUCGACUUCUUCGGCGGAGCACUUUGUCUCCGACAGGCCUGGAAAAUGAUCUGCAGCGCCGCCAAACGUCGAUGGGGCAUUGAUUCCGGCCUCACAUUUGAUUUCAACGUAGAGUUGAACCGGGCUUGCAUCCGCUUGCACAAGGAGCAGUGGGGUGAAUGCUGCUGCUUCACUGACAUAUUGAAUAUGGUAACGCCAGCAUCUACUGGAAUUGAUAAGUGGAAGCCUUCUGUAUUGAAAAUGAACAAGACAGCCUACUGCGGAGUUCACAAGAAAAUGUGCAACAUCUCCUUUGAGGCCAACGAUGUUGCUUUGGUGGGAGCUCCGUGCGUCCUAUUUUCUUUGUAUGGCCUUGGGGAAGGCUUUACGAACAAAGUCAAAAGCCGUUGUCAGAAAGCAUCCAUCAAGUUCCAGAAGAAGGUCCACCUAUCCUUGCAUGAAAACGUCCCGGGAUACGACAAGGAGUUCCUCGAGCAGAACCUGGCUACCCACAAGAUCCAAACAGUUUUGCUGGACCCAAGAUGUUCGGACAUCCCAACAACCGGUGCCAAAAGCGGCAUUUGGACAAGUUCAGAACCGAGCUCCCUCGCAAGCGCUUAUACGAUUUGUCAGCCAAUUGCGAAAAAUGCGCACGCACAGAGACCCGUCAUUCAGAACUUCCGUGUUUGA